AUGAAGUUUAGCUGGGAUUUGCUGGUAAGUGCAUUAAUCUACGUGCAUGCUCUGGCUGGCGAAAUACUUCGCCGCCCGGCGGCAAGGUUUAAGAGACCGGCGAGCGAGGUUUUCGCCGAAUCGCACGGUAACGAUGAGGAUUUUGCCGGCACGCAGACUUUGAAGCGUGCUGGCGUUCACUUUCAGUCAUAUUAA